GGUGUUCUGCUAGGCCGGCCUCUCCACGCCCAGGGGGACUGGACUGGUUUCUGCUCCUCAGAGAGUUUGCCCAGAGACUCUGAGGAAGAAAUCAGUCACCUCAGGCCUCUCCAUCCUAGAGACGGCAGAAGGACAAACGUCUCCUGCUGGCACAAGAAAUCCUAACUCUCAAAGUGAUGACAUUUAAGUCAUUAGUCAUGCAAGUGGAGCCCUGUGGGAUUAAGAGGUGACAGGAGAGCUUGCUGUCAUUCUCUGCUCCCCACUGUGUGAGGAUACAACAGGAAGACAGCCAUCUGGUGAGGAAGAGAGGGCCGUCGCCAGAUACCGGACCUGCUGAUACCUUAAUCUUGGACUUUCCAGCCUCCAGGACGGCCUGCCCUCAGUUGUUCCAGGGUAAAGAAUUGGGGCAGUGCCCACACCCACGCUGUUGGACAUUUCUUCACCAUACCAGUGACGGUGUUUGUGUCCAUGCCCAGCUUCCUGCCUGUUACUCUCCACAAUGUGCCAAGAAUGCCCCUGACUUGUAGCCCUGUGCGCCUUCUUUUGCUUCUACUGUUGCUACUAACAGCCUUGGAGAUCAUGGUUGGUGCUCACUCUCUUUGCUUCAACUUCACUAUAAAAUCAUGGUCCAGACCUGGACAGCCCUGGUGUGAAGCACAGGUCUUCAUGAAUAAAAAUCUUUUCCUUCAGUACGACAGUGACAGCAACAUGGUCAAGCCUCUGGGUCUCCUGGGGAAGAAGGUAAAUGCCACCAGCACAUGGGGAGAAUUGACCCAAACACUGAGAGAAGUGGGCCGAGACCUCAGGAUGCUCCUUCUUGACGUCAAACCCCAGAUAAAGACCAGUGGUCCUUCCACUCUGCAGGUCGAGAUGCUUUGUCAACGUGAAGCAGAACGAUGCACUGGUGCAUCCUGGCAGUUCAGCAUCAAUGGAGAGAAAUGCCUCCUCUUUGACGCAAUGAACAUGACCUGGACAGUAAUUAAUCAUGAAGCCUGCAAGAUCAAGGAGACAUGGAAGAAAGACAGAGGGCUGGAAAAGUAUUUCAGGAAGCUGUCAGUGGGAGACUGUGAUCACUGGCUCAGGGAAUUCUCAGGGCACUGGGAGGCGAUGCCAGAACCGACAGGUAACUGAGCCGGGAGGGAGAAUGAGGCAGCUCCUUUGAAUUAAAAAGCCUUCCC